AUGAUAACAGAGUUUUCGCUGUUUGGAGCUGGUUCGGACCUGGCUUAUCGAAGAACAAAGAAAGCGAUUACAGCUGUUCAAAACCCCAUAAGGCUGGCCAACAUGACUGACGAUGGGCAAGCUGUGAAUCAUUAUGACUGUAAGCCAGACUCUUGUGGACCAUUGGCCAAGUGUAUGCCAGAUGGAGGCUGCAAUUGUGAGGAUGGUUAUGAAAUCCCCCGAAGCCACCUUCCUACUCCGGCUUCAUUUGGUUGUGUUGAUAUUGAUGAGUGUGCUGACCAUGUGUUGAACAUCUGUGGAGCAAACUGUAACUGCACAAAUUUAAUUGGAUCUUACAACUGUACCUGCCUUAGUGGUUAUCGAGUGGACAAUCCACAUGUUAUAGCCAGCAUUGCUAACCCAUGCAAUGAUAUAGAUGAGUGCAGUGAAACCCCUGGACUGUGUGGUAACCAAACUGUGUGUACUAAUGCACCAGGCACCUUCUAUUGCUCCUGCCCUGAUGGAUUCUACCCAUCAACUGGUGUAAUUUGGAAGGCGGGCAUCACUUUUUGUAAAAGCCUUGAAGACAUUCUAGAUGAAAUCAAACCCCAUAAGAAUAAGACAAAAGAGAGAGUUUUCCUUGAUAACCUUGGUGAAGAUCUGAAGAACAAUACAGGUGUCCUUUUACCCAAUGUGACAGUUGCAAACUGCUUUUCUACAUCUAUGAUGGUUUCAGGUGUUGGAACACUUACCAGCACAAGUAAGGUGAGCAGUGAAGGAGACGGGGAGACUGGUAGUGUUAUUCUUGGCCUCUCAGAGCAGCUUGUUGUUGCAAUGACUCCGUCGACUGAGACGAAAAUAAAAAAGGAAGUGCACACUUCAACAGUGGAUUUGAGUCUAGUGGCCAUUGGUUCAUUGAGCCAUGAUAGCAAGAGUUCAUCCCUCUCUGCCAAGGAAUAUGAAAUGAAAAUCAACUUGGAGGAUCUAGCCAGGGCCAACAAUGGUUCUAUAUCAGCCGCCUUUCUGACGCUAGAUGGGAUGGAGAGCAUUCUCAGUCAUCAAUACUUCAAAACCAAGGAUGUGACAGAGAUGUACUCAGAUGUUUUAACUGCCAUAAUACCAGGAAUAAACACCACCAACCUGACAGAGCCUGUCAACUUUACAAUUCAACACAAGGUGUAGCAUCAAGAUUAAAAUGGAAUGGUCACUUGUGUGUACUGGGAAGCCGGGGAAGCCGAAGGUGGACAAAAUGGAGAGACGAUGCGUUGGUCAGAAGAGGGUUGCUGGGUUGCAUACUCUCACAAAAACUACACUGUUUGUAGCUGCUCACACCUUUCUACCUUUGCUCUCAUAAUGCAGAUUGGGGAGCCUGCGCCACAGAAUGACUUCUUAGAGUGGCUGAACCGGAUAUGUGUGAUUAUUGGACUAUUCUUCUUGGCUUUGGCCAUCUUUACCUUCCUUCUGUGCAGCUGGAAUCCCAAAAUUAACAACACAGCCCGUCUCCACCUCUGCCUCAACCUGUUUUUUUCACAACUGCUCUUGUUGUGGAAUGACAAAUACACUGAUAAUGAGCUGGCCUGCACUGUCAUGGCAGGCCUUCUCCACUUCUUAAUUGUUGCCAGUUUUGUGUGGAUGUUGCUGGAGGCACUACAGCUCCACUUGUUGGUACGGAAGCUCUCCCAGGUGCAAGUCAUCCGACGAGAUGGCCUCCCCAGGCCUCUUCUCUAUCUGAUUGGCUAUGGUGUUCCAUUUGUGAUUGUCGGUGUUUCUGCACUGAUGUAUUCUGGUGGAUAUGGACGUACUGAGGCUAAUGUAUGCUGGCUGUCAGAAAAACGAAACUUCAAAUGGGCUUUAACAGGGCCAGUGAUAGCGAUCCUUGCUAUUAAUUGCUACCUGUUUGGUGCAACUUUAUGGAGUCUGCGGCCCACCUUGGCUAACAUAAAAAGUGAUAUCUCUCAGUCCAAAGAUACAAAGUUGAUUUUGUUCAAGAUAUUGGCCCAGUUUGUUAUACUUGGCUGUACCUGGAUUCUUGGCCUGUACCAGACAAACCUGUUCUUUCAGGUUGCUUUUAUAGUUCUGAACUCCCAGCAGGGUACUUUUCUCUACAUUGUCCACUGUGUCCUCAACAAGGAGAUUAGAGAUGAGUAUGUCAAAUGGCUGACCUGUUCUUUCAACAAGACCAGAGAAGGCGGCUCAGUGAAAAAUGCACCAUCAGUGUCCGAGGACUUGGACAUCCCUCAAGAGCACAGAGACUGA